AUGACCGACCAUCACCGUUACCGGGAGAUUCGUCCCGUGUUCGAGCUCAGCUCCGGUGAUGACAGUGUAUCCAGCCUCGGCAAGGGCCGAAAGAGACCGUUCGAUGAGGCGCUGGGCCACUCUCAGCGCUCAUCGGCCUCGAAGCCGACGCCCAAGAGACGCAACGCGCUGGUCGCCUGUGAAAGCUGUAAGAAACGGAAGACCAAGUGUUCUGCCGGCCGACCCAGUUGCUCCAGCUGUGCAAACAGAGGCAUCGAGUGUCGGUAUACCGCCGACCCAUCCGAAUCGCGCGCUGCGUCAAUGAAGAGACGACACGACGAAAUGGCCAGCCGCAACACCUCCUUGCACGAAUUCUUCUCGGCGAUGCGAUCCAUGCCGGAUGAGCACGCAUACGAAAUCUUCAGCAGAAUCCGGUCGGGAGUAUCGGCCGAGGACAUCAUACAUGAAAUCGAGGUGGGAUGUCUGCUGGUGAAGUUGUCUGCAUCAACAAAUCCGGAGGCGCCUCGGUUGGAGCCAGAAGUGGCCGAGGUCGAGGUCGAGGUCGAAGUCGAGAGCCCGGCGCCCAAGGCAAAUACAUUCGAUAUGAGUUGGGCAUACCCCCCCUGGGCUCAUCGACGACCCAUGAGUGUUACGUAG